AUGCGGACUCGCUCCGUUUUCGUGCUGCUCCUGCUCGGAGCCAUCGGCGGGUCACAGAGUGCCAUCGGGGAGACGACGGCAAAUCGCACCUCGGCCCUCGAGGAAGCGCGUCUUCAGCGCGAGAACCUGGUCCGGAAGUACCUGAAGCGGCUCAAGAAGGAAGACGGCGCCAUCAAACUGAUCGGUGGCCGCGGGGAUUUUGAGGGAAAUGUGGAGAUUUUCCACGCCGGCAAAUGGGGGGCCAUCUGCGAUGACGAGUGGGACGCGAGCGAGGCCGAAGUCGUCUGCCGGCAGCUGGGCUUCCCGGGACACGUGCGGCCCACGCACAGCGGCUACUUUGGGCGCGCGAAGCGGAAGUUCUGGAUGGACAACCUGUACUGUGGCGGCAAGGAGGCCGAGCUGUCCGACUGUCACUUCGAUGGCUGGGGAGCGAACGAUUGCGAGGCGAGCGAGGCGGCGGGCGUGAUGUGUAAGCGGCACGACGAGGACGACGAACCGACCACCCGGAAGCCGCUGCCAGAGGUCGCGCAGGUCGCGAAAGAACGAUCGCGCCAUCGGCUGGAGUUGCGGCUUGUCGGUGGCCGAACCGAGGGUGAGGGCCGCGUGGAGGUGCGCCCCGUGGUUGAAGGUGCAGAGUGGGGGAGCGUGUGCGGCGAUGGGUGGGGUCUCCUGGAGGGGAAUGUCGUCUGCCGGGAGCUCGGACUGGGCUACGCCAACAACGCCGUCCAGACGGACUUCUUUUCCAACGGCACCGCGGCACCGGAAGUGGUGCUGAGCGGGACGGAGUGUUACGGCAACGAGAGCUCGCUGGCGGACUGCCGGCACGAUCCGGUGGCCGGAGGGCACUGUAGCGAGCGCCGGGGGCACGUGGCGGCCGUGACAUGCGUGCCGCUGAUGGCGGACCUGGCGUUCGACCACGUCGAGAUGGAGCAGACGCUACAUCUGGAGGACCGGCUCAUGUACCUGCUGCAGUGCGCGAUGGAGGAGAACUGCGUGGCGUCGCAGGCCUACGACAUCCAGCGCGAGAACCCCAACUGGCACCUGGAGACGCGCCGGCUGCUCAAGUUUACGGCGCGCGUCCUCAACACGGGCACCGCCGACUUCAGGCCGCACAUCCCGAAGCACCUGUGGGAGUGGCACCUGUGCCACAUGCACUACCACAGCAUGGAGGUGUUCGCGACGUUCGACGUGAUCGACGGGGCCGGGCGGCGGGUGGCCGAGGGCCACAAGGCGUCCUUCUGCCUCGAGGACAACCAGUGCCUGGCGGGCGUGGAGCCGCGGUACGCGUGCGCCAACUACGGCGAUCAGGGCAUCUCGGUGAACUGCUCCGACAUCUACCGCCACAACAUCGACUGCCAGUGGGUCGACAUCAGCGAGCUGGACUUUGGCGAGUACACGCUCAAGGUGUCGAUCAACCCGGAAUUUAAGGUCCCGGAGAUGCGCUUCGACAACAACGCGGCCCGCUGCCGGCUGCUCUACACGCAAACGUACGCCCGCGUGUUCGACUGCGUACUCGGCCGCCCAUAG